UUAUUUACAAUUAAUGAGAAAAUUUGAAUAAUUAAAGUUGCAUGACCACGUGAUCGUAACUCUAUUGUAUGCAGAAUACAAUUUCAUGUCAUAACCAAACUUUCUCAUGUAAAUAAACAAAUAAAAAUUAAACCAUGUGUGGAUCAUGUUGACUUUUUUUUUAUUGAUCUAGUCUAGAGUAUGACAAAUUGAUAUGAUGCCGGAUACUAAAAAUGACUGAGCAUGAUUUCGUUCCAGCGACCAAACGACUGAAGAAACUGGAGUAUAAUUUGAAUAAAAUAAUAAAUUGGGAAAAUCUUGACAAAGUUGCUGUAGAACAUAAUUGCUAUGGUAAUUCAUUUGAUUUGACGUAUUUUCAAGUUCAUGAGGCUCAGGAUAUCAUCAAGGAUUGUUUAAAUAAACUGGAUCCUUCAGAAUUUAUUGGAAUUUAUUAUGAUACUCCAAUAUACUGCAUUCCUUCUUUAAUACUUGGGAUAUUAUCAUCUGGGCGCGCGUUUGUGUUCAUUUCAAAGAAUGAAUCAGAAUUUCUAAAAGAAGCAUUGAGUAUUCAGUAUAUUUUUCAUUUAGGAGCUAAUGAAGAUCACGGAGAGCUGAUAAAAAAUCUUGUAAUCCAUCAACAAUCGAUAAAUUUAUCAAAAGUAGUUACUCUAGCAUCAAAACCAUCCAGCAUCAAGUCUACUGCAAAUGGGGAAUCAUCAAAAUCUUUAAAUUAUUUUGCGUACGCCGUUACGACUUCAGGAUCUACUGGUCAGCCAGUUGUGGUAAAAGUCAGUCACGCAUCUAUAUUAUUAAAUAUACAAGACUUUAAAAACAUUCUCAGGCUCUCGAGUGAUGACAGAGUAGCUCAGCUCACACCUCUGACUUUUGAUCCAAGUUACGUCGAGAUAUUUAUAAGUUUAAUAACUGGCGCGACACUUUGUACUGUCUCUGAUGAACUAAAAAAUCAUCCCCACACUUUGUUGAAAGUGUUGCAUGAUAAAAAAAUAACAUUUAUAUCAACUACUCCGUCGUUAUUUCUGCAUCGCUGGAGACUACAGGAUCUUGAAUUAACUCUUCUGAGUAAAGAAAGUUCUCUUCGGUUUCUCUUGCUCGGAGGCGAGCCUUUCCCGAAUCCUAAAAUAAUUUCAAGAAUAAAACAUCCGGAUAAUUACACACGGAUUUUUAAUGUCUAUGGUAUUACUGAAGUGUCAUGCUGGGCAAGUAUCAGCGAAGUAUUUUUAAACGCAACUGAAACUGCCGAGGCUACUAAUAAAUUGGGAACAGUUUUAAGUGAUACGAUUUUUAAAGUAAGAGCUGAAGACAACAGUACUAUUGAUGAGGGAGAAGGAGUUCUCUAUAUUGGGAGCUGGACUAGAAUUUGUCUGCUUGGUGAUGAAAAAUUAUCCGACCUCAAGCUUCCUGUUUUCAGAAAUACUGGAGAUGUCGUAAUGAUUAAAAAAAAUGACGUAAUUACAUUCAAAGGUCGGCGGGACAGUUGCGUUAAAAGAUUUGGUAGUAAAGUAUAUUUUGAUGAAUUAAAAAGUCAUUUGUGUAAAUUAAAUUUCAUUGAAGAUGUUCAUAUUUUUGUUCAUGAUAACUCAUCUCAAUUGAAUUUAUUUUUUACUACAAAUGAAAUCAUUCAUCAAAAAUAUAAAUUGAUAUCUGAUGUUUGGUCUCAUGUAAAAUUACUACCGGCUAUUAUGCAUCCUGAUAAAAUUCACUGCCUAGAAUAUUUUGAAAUUACGGAACGGGGAAAAAUAUGUAAAGAUUAUUUUAAAAAAUUUUUUACUAGAUCCUCAGUGUCUGUAUGUGAGAUUGAAAAAUUAUUUGAAAAUAUUUGGAGGAAUCAUUUGCCGGCAGUUGAUGAGUCUGCUGGUUUUAUAGAUCUAGGAGGAACAUCAAUUAUAGCUUUGCAAAUAUCAAGCAGUUUAUACAAUGAAACGGGAAAUAAUUAUCCAGAAUUAAUUGGAAUGUUAUUUGACAAUAAAAAAUUAAAAGACUGCCAGGAUUAUAUUUUUAAAUAUACUAAUAAUAUAAGCAAUAAUUUAAAAGAAUUAAAUCCCGCGAAUAAUGUCGAUCAUUUGUCUUCAGAAAAUAUCUCAUUGGAAAACAAAUUUGUGUGGCAAAAGUGUCGAGGCAGGACAGUAAUUUUAAAUAACGAAUCAGCGAGCGGUAAUUUAUUCAAUCAGAAAGCGAAUCAUGGAAAUUUAAUCAGUAUUAAACUCGGAGAUGUUUAUUAUUUAAAAAAAUGCGUCGACGCUUCGCCGACAAUUUUUGGAUACUCUGAUGAUCAGUCAUUUGCGUGUGUAAGUUCACAUUCUGGUCUGAUUUUGACAGUAGAUCUUCAGAAUAAAGACAGUUGGCAAGUUCAGUUGUCUAGUAGAAUAGAGGCUUCUAUUUUAGUGCUCGAUAAUUUUAAAGGAAUCGUUGGCUGUCAUGAUAAAUUCAUUUAUUGUCUACAUUUGAAGACCGGUCAAAUUUUUUGGACUUUUAAAACAGAGAAUAUUGUCAAGUGUCUAGCGGUAGUUUGCAGUAGAAAAAAAAAUAUAUUUGUUGGAUCCUAUGAUCAUUUUGUCUACUGCAUUUCUUUGGAGGGUUCCCUUGUUUGGAAAAGAAAAGUUUAUGGCAGUACUUUGGCAACACCUUUAGUACAUACGGAAACAGAUACCGUUAUUUUUAGCUUAUUAAAUGCUGAUUGUAUUUGUAUGGAUCAAAAAACAGGCGAUGUACUUUGGAAGUAUCAAUCCAAGAGCUCAAUAUUUUCAACACCAAAUAUUUUAUCUAAUACUCUAAUUUUAGCCGAUGUUCGUGGCAAUGUAAUGGGUCUUGACAUUAAUAACGGGAAUGAAUUAUGGAACUUUUGUAUUUCCGGUUACAUUUUUUCUGACAUUGUCAUCGCUGCUGAUGAUUCGUCAGAAAGUUUUAUAUUUACCAGUAAAAAUGGAUUUAUUUACAAAUAUUAUUUUUAUGAAAACCAAUGUCCUAAAUUGCAUUAUCAAAUUGAUUUAGAAUCAUCGAUAGCUACGACUCCGUGGAUAGAUAAAAAUUUUAUAGUUGCAGUAAAAGAAGACGGUGAGUUACGAGCAAUAAACUUUAAAGAUGGAAAAUUUCUAUGCCAUUUUAAACUCAAUGGCGAUUGUUUUUCAUCGCCCGUAAUUCAUAACGAUAUUAUUGUCGUUGGAUCUCGUGAUGACAAUCUCUAUACUUUAUCUGUAAGAUAAAUUUCAUUGAAAGGUUUUUGAUUUUUAAUAUGAAAAAAAAAAAAAUUUUUGAUUGAUGCCAAAUAUCUUCAAAUCGAUUGAUUAUUUCCCAAGAUAUCGUCAGACAAAUAAAGUUUGCACACAUACACACACACGUCAAUCCGGAAAUAGUCAGAAUAUUUUCCUAGGACCUCAAAGCCUCGAGAUCUGAUGAAAACUCGAUUUUCAAAAAUCGUACCGAAACCAAUAACUUCGUUUUUUUGAAAAUUUUAAAUUUUUAUAGCGGGAAGUUAAAAAAAAUGAUAAUUAAUGAAUUUAUAAACUGAACAAUAAAACAUUAAGACAAGUUAUUUAUUUGAUAAAUUUUUUUUGUAUGUGUUUCAAUACAUGAAUGUACUAUAAGUAUGUUCAUCUGGCUCUUGUAUUUUUUCUUUAUUUUAUUUUCACAAUGAUUUAAUUGACAAAAUAAAAAUAUAUAACUUCCUACAAGAAAUAUAUAAUAUAUAUUUAGUGAGAAACACGUACCAUAAAUUCUCCAAUGGACCAUUGUUAAAAACAAACAUUUGAAAUGCUGGCAUUUU